GAAUUUAGGAGUCGUUCCAUCCUGUGACUGGCUGCUCUGAGAUCAGCUGCAUGUCGACGGAUAUAGCUUUAAAAAAAAAAAAAAAAACGCCAAGGAAAACCUUUAAGUGAGCGGCGUGGUGUGUUCCAGUUUCGACUCUCGUAAUGCGGGUUUAACGCGUCAAGAAACGGGCUUCUCGGCGUCGCAGCCUCGCUGACUUCUCUCUCGGCUAGGUAUGUCGGAUGAAGAUUCCCGUGCCAGCAGCAGCUCUUCGUCCUCUUCGUCGUCAACCCAUCACCAGCAGCAGGAAGUGAUCACCCCGAAGAAACGAGAAAGCAAAGCCAGCAUGAACAAGACCUCCAAACUCCUCUCCACGAGUGCCAAAAGAAUCCAGAAGGAAUUGGCUGACAUUACAUUGGAUCCGCCACCGAAUUGCAGCGCCGGCCCCAAAGGAGACAACAUCUAUGAGUGGAGGUCGACCAUCCUGGGCCCCCCGGGCUCUGCGUACGAGGGGGGGGUGUUCUUCCUGGACAUCGCCUUCACACCAGACUACCCCUUCAAACCACCCAAGGUGACGUUCCGCACGAGGAUCUACCACUGCAACAUCAACAGUCAGGGGGUGAUCUGCCUGGACAUCCUGAAGGACAACUGGAGUCCCGCCCUCACCAUCUCCAAGGUCCUACUGUCCAUCUGCUCCCUGCUCACUGACUGCAACCCUGCCGACCCGCUGGUGGGAAGCAUCGCCACACAGUACACAACAAACAGACCGGAACACGACCGGAUAGCCAAACAGUGGACCAAACGCUACGCCACAUAGUCGCCAGAGGAAGCUGCUGGUUGGACGACUCGGGGAUGGGGAUGGGGAGGGGGCGGAGGGGGAGGGGGGGGGGCAACAUUUUGGGGGGUGGGCGUGGCUCCCAGAGGUGGAGAGGGAGACGCUGACGACAAAAGGGGCAGGUGGAUUUUUAUCUCUGAAUUGAAGUCUUAAACUCCUGACAUUUUGUUGUAUUGUUUUUCUGUUGUGGUUUUUUUUUUUUUUAAGUUAUCUCCGGCCCAACUAUAAUCGAAUCUGGCAUUUAUGCAUCGAGUGUUUUCUCCUUUUUGAAUUUGUAGCUUGUGCUUUUUGAAGAUUAAUACUAAACUGCUAGAUGAAAUGCAUGACUCUCAGUCGGUGUGAAUUCUCACGCGCGUGUUUUUUAGGUUGCGGUUGGUGUUCGCUUGCCCCUCCCCAAACUUCCGCUCUUUGAAAAGGUGUUUUCCACAUGUAGACAUGUUUAGAUAUGGAUGGAUAUUGGUUGUGAUUUGUGUUCUGUACCGAUUUAAAAAAAUAAAAAUAAAAUGCUAUUCUGUUUCUCCCCUUAAGAAUUAAACAUGACCAACUGAAGCGUC